AGUCGUCAACGAAACGCGCAAACGCACACAGCCAGCUGGAAAUCGAAAAAUCAGAAAAAAUAUAAAACGCGAAUACAAAAAACCGAUGCGACACGCGUUGAAAAAUUGCUGUAAAAUUUGAAUUUCAAAUGACCUAAGGAUCUUGCUCCAGUUUUUUGUGUGUUUCUCUGUGUGUGUUCUAUAUAAGAGUGAUAUUUGGGGGCUCGAGUGUCAGAACAGAUCAAGAUGCUGAGGUGGCCAGUGGUCUGCCUGCUGCUCCCGUUUUUGGCCACGGCCAAGAUCUUUGAUCGCUGUGAGUUGGCCCAUGUGUUGCAGCAACGCUUUGGUCUACCUGCCGCCCAAGUGGCCACCUUGGUGUGCAUAGCCCAGCACUCGAGUGACUUUAAUACGGCUGCCUUUGGUGGAGGCGCAGGAUUGGGCGGUGGCUCCCAUGGCAUCUUCCAGAUCAGCGAUGUCUACUGGUGCUCGCCACCUGGGCAGGGAAAGGGCUGUGGCCUGAGUUGUUCGAGCCUGAGGGACGACGACAUCGCCGACGAUGUCCUGUGCGUGAGGAAAAUCUAUGCGGAGCAUCAGAGGAUCAGUGGUGAUGGCUUCACCGCCUGGCAGGCUUAUGGCGCCUACUGCCGCCAGGAUGCAGCCGCUGCCUAUGUGGCAGGAUGUGGAGGUCCUGGCAGCACCGCCCUGUCGGUGGCUGCCUCCUACCAGAGACCCCAGCAGGUUCAGCAGGUCCACAGCUAUCCGGUGAAUCACUACCAUCAGGUGGCCCAGGUGCAGCCGCAGGGAAAGAUCUACAGCCGCUGCGAGUUGGCCCAGGAGCUGUUCUACCAGCACAAGCUGCCCAUGCCGCAGAUUCCCACCUGGUUGUGCAUUGCCCAGCAUGAAUCCUCCUUCAACACGGCCGCCGUGGGUCGCCUGAAUGCGGACGGCAGUGCGGAUCAUGGGCUCUUCCAGAUCAGCGAUCUCUUCUGGUGCACCCAUGAUCAGAGGGCCGGCAAGGGAUGCCAUGCCACCUGCAAUCAGUUCCUCGACACCAGCAUUGCCGACGAUGUGCAGUGCAUCCGGAGGAUCCACCAGGAGCACACGCAGAUCUCGGGCGAUGGCUUCAAUGCCUGGACGGUGUACAAGAGGAACUGCCUGAAUCAGCACUACGAACAGGUGGCGGCCUGUUUUGCCAAGCCACCAGCUGCUCAUCAGCACCCGAAUGCCAUCGGAGGAGGUCCUGGGAAGCCCAAGGUCAGCUAUGCCUAUCAAUUCGGCCAGGUGCAAGUGCACCAGAACCCCAUUACGCCGAUUACUCCGGCUGUUAAUCAAUAUUAUCGACCUGCUGCGCCACCCGUUUUGAGUUACCAAACCAAUGCGGCGACUGCCUACGCGGGGAAUCCCUUCCUGCGUCCUCGUCCAGUUAACAAUCCUCCCCGGCAGCAUCCCAAUGCCAUUGGAUUGCCCUUCAAAAACCAAUCCCCCGCUAACCCCUUCUAUAGCCACAAACAGUAUCAGCCACACUAUCAGACACCACACACCCAAACACACUACCAACGCACGGGUAAAGUUUACAAUCGCUGCGAGUUAGCCCAAGAGUUGUAUUUCUCACACAAGUUUCCCAUGCAGGAUUUGGCCACCUGGGUGUGCAUCGCCGAGCAUGAGUCCUCGUUCAAGACGGCAGCUGUGGGUCGCCUGAACGCGGACGGGAGUGCGGAUCACGGGCUCUUCCAGAUCAGCGAUCUCUACUGGUGCACUCAUGGCGAAGGAGGAGGAGGCAAGGGUUGUCACAUCGACUGCAAUCGCCUGCUGGACUCGGAUAUUACAGAUGAUGUCAAGUGCGUGAGGACCAUCCACGAGGAGCACACUAGAAUUUCGGGGGAUGGAUUCACCGCCUGGACGGUCUACAAUGGACAUUGCAGGCAGAAAACUAGAGCUGAUAUAGCCGACUGCUUCGAGGGUAAAGAUCUGCCUGGGAGAGUAGUCGGGAAACCAGCUAAGGGUAACGAAGUGGUUAGAAAGACACCCUCGCAUUCAAGGGGAAAGAUCUACAAUCGCUGUGAGCUGGCAAAGGAACUUUACCACAGGCAUAGGUUACCCAUGAGGGAGAUUCCCACCUGGGUUUGCAUUGCCCAGCAUGAAUCCUCCUUCAACACAGCCGCCGUGGGCAAACUCAAUUCGGAUGGCAGUGAAGAUCAUGGUCUUUUCCAGAUCAGCGAUAUUUACUGGUGUUCCCAUGACCAGACGAGUGGCAAGGCCUGCCACAUUGAAUGCGAUCGUUUGCUGGAUUCGGAUAUUACAGAUGAUGUCCAGUGCAUACGAACCAUUCACGACGAACACACGCGACUCUCGGGAGAUGGAUUCAAUGCCUGGACAGUUUACAAUGGCCACUGCAGGAAUCAGAACCUGGCCCAAUUGAGCGACUGCUUCGAGGGAAAUGAGAUUGCAGAGGCGGAUAAGAUCACUCCUUAUGGAGAGAAGCCACAGGUUAAGCCUGAUAACCCACAGCAAAAAAUAGCAACCAGUCAAGGCUACGCGGGAAAUCCCUUUCUACAAGCAGUUAAGAAACCUCAGCCCACUAAGAUCGCAAAUAAGAUUACGAAUAAUAUAUCAGCUCCCAAGGAGCCACAACCCAAUAAACUCUAUGCCACCAAUCCCUUUUUCAAUAAUCAACUGCAGAAUAAACCUACUGUCGCUUCAGGGACCACUAUUUACUCUACCCAAAAACCAAACUACGAACACAAUCCCUUCCUGAAAGCCCCUGGUUCAAUUACACCCACUGUAAUUACUUCACAUGCUUCAGAAGUCAAACCCCAUGACAGUUUAUCAUACGCCCAGAAUCCAUUCCUUAGUCUACUUGGCAAACCAAUUGUACCUGCUCAAGCACCCAUCCAGUCCAAGCCCAAGCCCUCGAGCCCAAGUCAGAGCCCAUCUAAGCCCACUCAGGUGGUCAACAGACCCUAUGUCAGCAGCGACAGCUUCCGCAAUGAGGUGAUUAAGUUUACGGCCACCUCUGCGACAGCAGCACCAACUACAAGCGUUACAAAGCCAUCUGUAACAACAACCACACGGAAACCUUUGACGGCGACCACAAAAAAACCAGUCUCAACUACGGCCAAAACAACUAGCUUGCCGUUAUGGUCAUGGCAAACUUCUACGACCGCUAAGCCCACAAUAACAGAAAGUGGUAAUCGAUUUACGGCCACAACGAAAGCCCCUGCGCAUCCAACCACCACUCGAUCGGUGAUAACCAAUAAGCCAAUCACUCAAUCAACUACCCACCCAACAACUCGUCCGACCAUUCGAUCAACUACUAGUCAGGCUACUUACACCACUAUCCGCCCAACUACCCGCCCAACUACACGCCCAACUACUCGCUCAACACAGACAACUACAACCAGACGUCCAGUACCUACAACUCGCCAACAACAAUCAACAACUGUAAGCAAACACACCACUCGGCCUAUAACAACUACUCGGCCCAUUACAACCACACGACCAAUUACAACAACUCACCAAGCUCUAAUUACCAAAACCACAAAUCGAUAUGCUGCCUUAUAUUCACCAACAAAAACAACUACUCGUUACACCACUACUACUCGACCAACAACGAAGUCCCCCUACCACAAUAUAUCCGUUAAUAAACCCACAACACGUCCUACUACAACUGGUCGUACAACCACAACUCGUUACUUAGCAACUACUCGGCAACCUUCGACAACGAGAACCACCAAUCGCCCUGUUACAACUAUUCGACCAAUAACAACCACUCGUUAUAUUUCAACCUCUCAACAAUCUUUAAUAACCAAGACCACAAAUCGAAAUGCUGCCCUAUAUUCACCAACAUAUCGUCCAAAUUCAACAACAAAAACGACAACCACUACAACUAAGUCCCCAUACCACUAUAUAUAUGUCAAUAAACCCACCACACGCCCAGUUUCCACUACUCGUACAACAACAAUUCGUUACUCACCCACAACUCAGAAACCUUCGACAACGAGAACCACCACUCGUUACUCAACAACACCAAACACUCGUCAAGGAAGCACCACCCCAAGGCCAUAUUUGUUUACCUCAACGACGAAAAAGAGUGGCACCACUAAGAAUCCCUUCGAUCAUCCGUUUUUCCAGAAAUUCAAGGCAAAGUUUGAGAAAUCUCCAACAACCCAAACGCAAAAUCAAAAAUCUACCAAUACAAUAACCGUAAAUCAAAAUCAAACUACCGUCAGUCCAUAUUAUGCCAAAUUCCAGGAAAACAAGCUCAAAACAGGAGCAAAAACGGUUCUUUCCUACGAUUUUGGACAAAACAAAAACUCAACGAGUAGGCCAAAAAGUGCCUUCGAUGUUUACCUAAAUUGGAACAAAAAUUAAGGGGGUUAUCUUAUGUGUGACACUUUUGGGACUUGUAAAUAUGCGUUAUUGAUCGAUGUAAAACCACUAGUUUAGCAUAAUGGCAGAAUACUCAUACAUUAUUAAUCCGUAAGCCUUAUAAAUAGGAUUUAGAUAAUAAA